UCGGACGUUACAACAUUUUGAUCUGAAGCAACGACGGGAGCUCCCUCUCGCUCGCUGUGAAGGAUUUAACUCAAAUCCGGUGUAAAUCUGGCAUCCAAACAGGCCGACUGAAAUCACAACGGGAGCUCGCUGAAGAAGGCAUCGACGGUACAAGCGGCUUCUCCUUAUCGACGGUACAAGCGGCUUCUGAAGGAGAAGAGGAGUUCGCGAGACUUGCCCAAUGCCCGGCUUUAAUAAAUCCGGGAUUCAAGUGAUGAAAAGGAAGAACACUUUGAAAUGCUUACCGAAAAGGAGCAAGAAGAAGAUGAUUGCCGAUGAAACCUAUGAAGGUGUGAAGGAUUCAAAAGAGAAUGGCGACAUCAUAGACUGUGAUGUAGAGCCUGCUAUCCGAAAAAGGCCCAAGCGGGCAGCUUCAUCCUUAAAUUUAAAAGAGAAAAAUGUCCGAUUAUCUGAUAGGUCUUCUGUUGUUGAAGUUAAAGAAAUUAGGCUUGUGGAAGAAGAGAAGGAUGCUGUUGAGCUCACCAAACUUGGCACAGAAGAUUUAACGCCAUGCAGAAAACUUGUUGAUUUUGUUUUUCAUGAUGCUGAUGGAAAGCCCCAACCCUUUGAAGUUUGUGAGUUUGAUGAUAUUUAUAUUACAUCUGUUAUUAUGCCCAUGGAUGAUAAUUUGGAGAAAGAGAAGGAAAGGGGGGUUAAGUGUGAAGGAUUUGGCCGAAUUGAAAGUUGGUCAAUUUCUGGUUAUGAUGAGGGCACUCCUGUUGUUUGGGUUAUAACUGAAAUUGCAGAGUAUGAAUGUGUCAAGCCUGCUGGCAAUUAUAAAAGGUUCUACAACCAUUUCAAUGAAAAGGCUCGCAUUUGUGUUGAAGUGUACAAAAUAUUAACUAGAUCUAUUAGCAAAAAUCCUGAUAUGAGCCUUGAGGAAUUGCUUGCUGGAGUUAUCCGUUCCAUCAGUGGAACCACUAGUUCCAGUGGUGUUGUUAAUAGAGAUUUAAUUAUCUCUCUUGGUCAAUUCAUAUACAAUCAGCUGAUUGGGUUAGAUGAAACGCUAGAGGGAAAUAAUAUGAGCUUAGCCACAAGACCAGCUCUCUGUGCUCUAAGAGAUGAAUACAUAAGUAGGGGAGGAUUAAGUGAAAAGGCUGAUGUAACCUUGAAGAUUGAUGGUAGAAAAACUUUGGAAAUUAAUGAAGAUGAAGAUGAGAAGUUGGCAAGGCUACUCCAAGAAGAGGAAAAUUGGAAGCUGUUGAAACAGCAGAGAGGUCCGCAGUCAGGGAAGUCUAACAUCUAUAUUAAGAUCAGUGAGGCAGAGAUUGCAAAUGAUUAUCCUUUGCCUGCAUAUUACAAACCUGCUGUUGAUGAAAUGGAUGAGUACAUAUUCUUUGAUAGUGAAUCUAGCAUCCACUAUGUUGACCUUCCCAGAAGGGUUCUUAAUAACUGGUCACUUUACAAUUCAGACUCUAGGCUUAUUUCCUUAGAACUUCUGCCAAUGAAACCCUGUGCAGAAACUGAUGUCUUGGUUUUUGGAUCCGGAAAUAUGCAAGAAGAUGAUGGUAGUGGGUUUUGCAUGGAGGUGGAUGGGGUUGGGUCUUCAUCUAGCAUCACUGAUUGUGCGAACACUGAAGGUGUUCCUGUUUAUCUGAGUGCAAUCAAGGAAUGGAUGAUAGAAUUUGGUUCCUCAAUGAUAUUCAUUUCAGUGCGAACGGAUGUUGCAUGGUACAGACUUGGGAAGCCUGCAAAACUAUAUGCUCCAUGGUAUGAGCCAGUCCUUAAAACUGCAAAGCUAGCAAUUAGUAUUAUUACUUUGCUGAAAGAACAGACUCGAGCUUCAAAACUUUCAUUUGCAGAUGUGAUCAAGAAGAUCACAGAGUUUAACAGGGAGCAUCCUGCUUAUAUUUCUUCAAAUAUUGCUGUGUUGGAAAGAUAUGUGGUGGUUCACGGACAGAUUAUUCUUCAACAGUUUGCAGAGUAUCCUGAUAAAACAAUUAAAAAGUGUGCUUUCGUGACCGGUCUGUUAACUAAGAUGGAAGAGAGGCGUCAUACAAAACUGAUGAUGAAGAAAAAAAUGGUGGUGCAAAAAGAAGCAAAUCUGAAUCCAAGUGCAGCAAUGAGGCCCUUUAUCUCCAAGAGAAAGGUGAUGCGUGCCACAACAACCAGACUUAUUAAUAGGAUUUGGGGAGAUUACUAUUCUAGCCAUUUUCCUGAUGAAUUCAAGGAGGAAGCUGAGAUUGUGUUGAAAGAUGAAGAAGUUGAGGAUGAGCAGGAAGAGAAUGAAGAGGAUGAGAUUGAAGAGCAACGUAUUGUGGUUCAAGAGAUGACUUCAAAAAGUUACCCCAUUAGGUCUCAUGAUUCUAAGCCCAAUGUGGAGGAAAUUAGAUGGGAAGGAGAUACAAUUGGCAAAAUGGAUUCUGGCGAAGUUCUGUAUAAAUGUGCAAUUGUUCGUGGAGAGAAAAUUUCUGUUGGUGGAGUUGUGGUUAUUGAUGGUGUUCAGCCCAGUGAUGUUCCAGCUAUGCAUUUUGUGGAAUUCUUAUACGAGAGGCUUGAUGGAACAAAGAUGGUCCAUGGUAGGAUAAUUCUAAGAGGGUAUCAAACUGUUUUGGGUAAUGCUGCAAAUGAGAGGGAAAUCUUCUUGACUAAUGACUGUAAUGAUUUUGCGCUAGGAGACAUUAAAGAGCCAGUUACUGUAGAUAUCCGUUCAGUAUCAUGGGGAUUCCAGUAUAGAAAGGAGUAUUCUGGUGCUGCUAAGAUUGACAAUCUGAAGGCUGAGGAGAAGCAAAAGAAAGUACAACCGAUGGAUUUCUUCUGUAAAAGCUUAUAUUGGCCUGAGAAAGGAGCUUUUUUCACUCUUCCUUUUGAUAGUUUAGGACUUGGAUCUGGCAUCUGCAACUCUUGUAGACAAGGAGAGAACAAGGACAGUCUGUUUAAAGUAAGCUCGAAGGAAAGGUUUAUCUUCAAUAAAACUGAAUACAAUGUUCAUGACUUCAUAUAUGUGAGCCCUCAUUGUUUUGUUGAAGAAAAUGAGGAGCACGAAACUUUUAAGGCCAGCAGGAAUGUUGGACUUAGGGCAUAUGUUGUCUGCCAAAUACUAGAAAUCCUUUUUCAUGAAGGUGCUAAAAAACCUACUCAACAUACCCUUGUUAAAGUCAGAAGGUUCUAUAGACCGGAGGAUGUUUCAGCAGCCAAAGCAUAUAUUGCAGAUAUUAGAGAAGUUUACUACAGUGAAGAUUUGCACAAUGUGCCCGUAGAUGCGAUUCAGGGUAAAUGUAGCAUCAUUAAGAAAAAUGGGUUGCCAAGUUUGGAGCUCCCUGUGAUUAUGGAUCAUGUUUUCUUUUGUGAAUGCUCUUAUGAUCCUAGGCAAGGUUCUCUUAAGCAGUUGCCUUCUAAUAGUAAGCUUUGGUCAACAAUUAGAACUGCACCUAAUCCCUCCACCAAAAAGAAGGGUAAAGAAAAAUGUGAAGAAGGGCAACAAAUGGAAAGCCAUUUGUGGAAGGACUUGCCUCAGGAAAAUCGCUUGGCCACAUUAGAUAUAUUUGCUGGCUGUGGUGGUUUAUCUGAAGGACUUCAGCAGUCCGGUGCUACAUUUACAAAAUGGGCAAUUGAAUAUGAAGAGGCUGCUGGUGAGGCGUUCAGCAAAAACCACCCUGAUGCACAGAUGUUCGUUGAUAACUGCAACGUAAUUUUAAGAGCCAUUAUGGAGAAAUGUGGCGAUGCAGAUGAUUGCAUCUCCACCUCUGAAGCUGCAGAAUUGGCAGCCAAGCUUAGUGAAGAAAAACUUAAAAAUCUUCCUAUGCCUGGUCAAGUAGAUUUCAUUAAUGGAGGACCUCCUUGUCAGGGGUUUUCUGGGAUGAAUAGAUUUAGUCAUAGCACGUGGAGUAAGGUUCAGUGCGAGAUGAUUUUAGCAUUUUUAUCUUUUGCUGAAUAUUUUAGGCCAAGAUUUUUCCUUUUAGAAAAUGUCAGAAAUUUCGUGUCCUUCAACAAAGGGCAAACAUUCAGAUUAACCCUUGCUUCACUUCUUGAGAUGGGCUACCAGGUAAGAUUUGGCAUUUUGGAAGCUGGAGCAUAUGGUGUUUCUCAGUCGAGGAAAAGGGCAUUCAUCUGGGCAGCUUCUCCAGAUGAAACACUACCUGAUUGGCCAGAGCCCAUGCAUGUUUUUGCUAGUCCUGAACUAAAAAUAAGUUUGAAUGGACACAUGCAAUACUCUGCUGUUCGCAGCACUGCGGAUGGUGCUCCUUUCCGCUCAAUAACCGUGCGGGACACUAUUGGAGAUCUUCCAUCUGUUGAAAAUGGCGCAUCAAAGCUGAUAGUUGAAUAUGGAGGUGAGCCUGUCUCGUGGUUCCAAAAGCACAUUAGAGGGGGCUCAAUUGCAUUAAGCGAUCACAUAUCAAAGGAAAUGAAUGAGUUGAACCUUAUUCGAUGCAAACACAUUCCUAAGCGACCUGGUGCUGACUGGCGUGAUCUUCCAGAUGAAAAGGUUAAGCUGUCAAAUGGGCAAUUGGUGGACCUCGUACCAUGGUGCCUGCCAAAUACAGCAAUGAGGCACAACCAGUGGAAGGGCCUUUAUGGUAGACUAGACUGGGAAGGGAAUUUUCCAACUUCCAUUACAGAUCCCCAACCCAUGGGAAAGGUGGGCAUGUGCUUCCACCCGGAUCAGGACAGGAUUCUCACUGUGAGGGAAUGUGCGAGGUCACAGGGUUUCCGUGAUAGCUACAUUUUUGCUAGUAACAUUCAGAACAAACACAGGCAAAUUGGGAAUGCUGUGCCACCUCCUCUUGCUUAUGCACUGGGUAUAAAAUUGAAGGAAGUAAUUGAUGCGAAGCAUUCUUCUCCUUGACUUUUGAACUUUCAAUAAUUGGAAAAGCAAAAUCGCUGCAGUUCUAUUUUUUCCUUUUAAUUUUGGUUUCACUUUUCAUAUAUAUUAUCCUAAUUUUCUUUGUUCCGAGGUUUUAACGUAUUCUUCAGCGUUUGAAGGAACUCCCCUUUGAAGUCUCUUCUCUAUCUACAACAACCAAAUCCAUUUUUUACUUGCUAGUCAGAGUAUUAGAAGAUCCGCCAAAUGGAGUUCCUAGUGCUGCCUUAUUAUAUCCACGUAGAAAUUUUCUUGCUUUAUAGCAUUUAUGCUAAUUGCUGCCUUAAUUGAGGCAGCAGAUCUGAGAAUUUUGUAAUGUCAGUCUUGUUGUAUUGAUUAUGAGUAUAGUUUUAGAGCGAGCUUGAAAAGAAUCAGGAAGUUCUGAGUUAGUAAUUUUCUUCAUUGUUUCAUCAUUAUCUAGUAUUUAAUGUUGUAUUUAAGUGUCUGUAAACAUUUUUAUGUUAUUGGCAUUGAUAGUGGCGAUUCUUAUAUUA